AUGGUCACUCUUGUCAAUCCGGCGACAGUGAAGAUCUGGAUCAAGCCAGACGGCAUGAUGGUAGGCGAUGUCGACUGCUACUCAUACGAUCGCUAUGCUUCUCCCGUUUGCAAACUCCGACGCAUAGCAGUGACACCGGACGUGAUUGACUAUCAAGGCUCGAUCUGCUUUGACGGCCUGACCUCUUGUCUAGCCGAGACUUUCAACGCUUGCUGUCGCACGACUUCUUGCUUUGACUUUGUGCUCGCAUUUGCGCCCAUUCGACAAUAUCGGCUUGAGCGGAGAAGGCUAUCAUCGCGCUGUUAUCGCCACCAGCAAGCCGCGACACCGGAUCUGUGCGGCAGUUGGAUUCUCCAAGACACAGUGGACUUUGUUUGCACGCCCAUCGUGCCGGGCGAAUGCGACGCAAUGGAGACACUGCGUCCAAAGGCGGCCGAGGGCGCCGACGAGUCAGACACGGCGAUCGGUGGCUCGCGCCCUGGAAGUCUGCGUUCUUCUUAG